AUGGCACUGAGGCUGGCCAAAAAUGGCGCCAACAAGAUGGGCUUCCGGGAGCGGAUGGUGGUCAGCUUCGUGGCGUCUCUCCCUCCUCCAGUCGCCAGGCUCGCCCUGCGGACGUACGGAAAGCUCAGGCGGGUCGCCAUUCGGACGCGCGCGUACAUUACAAGUCCGCUCAGUGUGCACAGCUCGCCUUCGUUUCGAGAGCCCGUGAGAAUGGAACGACCCGGAUCCGGCGUCAGGAACGGAAACGGGUUGGAAGUACGGCGGAAUGGUGAGCGGCAGCAGAACGGAGAGCAGGCCCAGCGGCAGGGAGAGCAGGCGCAGCGGAACGGAGAGCGGAACGGGGGAGAAAGGCAGCGGACUGAGGAGCGCGAGGGGCGGAACAGCGUUCCAGAGCAGCGGGACGGACCGCAGAACGGAGAAAGUUGGCAGCAGAAUGGGGAGCGACCGGAACGGAGCGAGAGUCAGGCGCACGGAAUGAACGGAAGUCGCAAUGAACACCCCCCAAACGGAGCGCAUUCCGAAACAGAAAACAGUACUGAGAUAGGCGGGUCUCACACAGCAAGAGAAAGGGAGGUCGCAGUUGGGUUUGGCUCGCAGGUUAGCGUGUCCUUACGCAGUAACCCAGGCGCAGAACCGGAGGGCCUCGUUUUCGACUUCUCCGUUCCCCCGGGCGCCAAAGAACUGGUGAUCGUCCUGCGGGAGGUCGCCUCGGGGUGUGUCGACGUCGCUUACAAGGCCUCGACAUCCCUCCGGCGAACCAGCUUCGGCACCUUUAGCGAGGAUCCCGGCCCGGCUCCCGAGGCCCCCGCCGAGAAUCCCGCUAACAUUCCCCGGAGCGACCAGGCCAUUCAGGUGUUGCCCUUCGACGUGGCAGCCUGGCUGGAGCUCGUGUAUUGCUUCAACUUCAUCGUCGGUUUUUUCCUCGGGUUUGUGAGACCCAUUUUCGGGUUGUGGGCGACGGUGGUCGGGGGAACCACCCGGUUUGUGACCCGGGUUACGAUGAGGAUUACGGCUUUUGUUCUGGCGAAGAUGCUGCGGCUGAUGCUGGAGAACUUACCAGGGCAGGGAGCCGUGCAGUUUUGA